AUGGGGAAGCUGGUGGAGAUUAUUGAUCAAGGGGUCAGGAUUGUCGUAAGGUUUCACUCCAACUGCCCCCAAACAGGCCGCAAGUACUACCACCCUCCAUCCCUCUCCGACAACCACGCUCACCACUCUCAUGGCGGUCCCAAUAGCGGCGGUGGAGUCAAAGAGGCUGCAGCUGCCAGGAAUUUUGACAUAAUUCUUUGUUCUUUACCCGAGCCCAAACGGUCAAUCGGUGCUUCCAGUCAUCACAAUAACUAG